AUGACUUCUGCUUCCGCGGAUGACCUUAUGAACCAAUUUUCACGACUUGUUGAGGAUGAUGCACAACUAAAAUAUGCCUUGAAUGCUGUAAGGCGCUACAAGUCAAGCGACGCCCCUGUUGUGGAAGAAGAGCGCAAGAACAGGCACAAGCGCAACAUCGUAUCCGUGGAUGACAAUCUUAAGAUCAAUUACGAAAUGAUCAAAAGCACGCCAGGGAGUUUUUUGGACUCUGCAGCGUCGUCCAAGCCUAAGGCGCAGAAAGAGCAGCUCAAUAGAAUCACCAAGUUGAAGACCAACUGCUACAAAAAAAGGCUUUAUAACAUGAAUGAACAAUUUGUGCAGGAACAUGGCCAAAUAGAGCCCCUAGAAAACACAUUAGAGGCGAAUAAAAGUGAUGCUACCCUCCAGCAACAAGUAGAGUGGCUUUCGCAAAUUCAUCAGAAUUUGCUUCGAGAUUACAAGCAGCUUCUUCAAGAAGAGAAGAGGUGGUUCAUCAAGAAGGAGUUGAUGUUAGAGACCAAUUUGAAAUUGGAUCUUUUCAGCACCAAAGGUGAAGAUAGAAUUUCCAUAUAUUUCGGUAGCAAGGAUAGCGGCAGUCUUUGUUUUUUCAAUUGA